ACAACAAAUAACUAUUAGCCCGUAUGAACAAAUGCUUAUGAAUCGUAAAACUGUUGCUGAAUUACUUGCAUUAAAUCCAAUGGAAGCUGAGAAUACGAAGUAUACCUGUCAAGCUAAAUUAGUAGAAAUUGAUACGAUAUAUGGGUGGUGGUACAAGGCCUGCUAUGAUUGUAAAGGAGGAGUGAAAGAUUAUGAUGGUACGUUUUGGUGUAAUCAAUGUGGAAAAAAUGAUCAGUCACCUGUACCAUGGUACAAGUUAAAUGCCAUUGUUGCGGAUGAGACCGGUUCAGCGAACUUCACUAUUUUUGGCAAAACGGCGCAAGAUUUGAUACGAAUCCCUGCUCAACAACUUGCUACUGCAAUCAAUUCAAAUAGAUUUAUACUUCCUCCUAUUAUUAAAAAUGUUGUUGAAGAAAAGGAAGAAGAUGUCAUAGACAUUACAGAAGAUGGUGUAAGGACAAGUUCUAAAGAAUUGCAAAUAGCGUAA